CAAGAGUUUAUUGUGCCACAAAAGGCGGAGUCGUUUGACUUGGCGUGUGGAGUUUUUGAUGGACCAGCAAGUUUGGUUUCUCGUAAUUAAAUUAUGGUUAAUGUUGGUAUUUUUAUUGCCUAAGAUAGCUACAAUAUGACAGAGCGAGCAACGGAUGAUAAGCCAGCCGCAGAAGAUGAAGAUGUGCCGAGGAAGACGCCCCUCUUUCUCUUCUACACCUGUAGAACCUCGGGGAGCAGCUUCUUGAAGCACAAGCUCCUUGACAUUGCCGUCCACUGCUGGCCAUAUGACGACAGGGCGCCGGUGUUCUACAGAAGGAUCAACCACGCAGACAAGGAGAAAGGACAGGGAAAAACUAGACGUGGACAAACGAGCAAAAGCCAUGAUAGUGACUCCACUGGUAACAGCAACAGCAGGGAAUCUGCUGCUGUUGGUGUGAUUGAGGAAUUACUCCAGUGGAUUGACAGCACUGUGGAAAAAGCCAGCUCAGCAUUGGGACUGACACUUUAUCCAGUUUUGAUUGCCCACUGGGGGGAGACGUUCCAAUUCCUCUUCCUGUUCCGGAUGCUGGAAAAGUACGGCAUCAGCGCUACGGAAACCCUGGGGGCGCACGGUGUGCACUUUGCCGACCCUGUGCCAGUCUUGAAGCAGUAUAAAGAGGCUAGGCAUCCGUGGCUCGUUGAAUCGCGAUCCCUGGGUCUUGGUUCACUUCUCAAUGACUGGUUCCCUGCACAGUUUGACGAGGCAGGCUUGACGUUUUCUAGAAGUUGUGGUGCUCUUGUACUGAAGCUGUACACGCAGAGUCCUUUGUAUUGGCUGCUGUACCGAGUGCCAAUAUACAGCACUCAGGAGUGGAUUGAGUUUUAUGAAGGAGAAAAACUCUACCAAGAAGACAAGUGGGAACUGCAAGAGAAUAUACCAGCCAGCAUCGUAGGCAUGCAGCGCAAGAUGACCGUCAGGCAGCUCCUGAAACACGGUUACAACUGGUGGUCCCUCAUCAACCUGUUCAAGUCCUGCGGGUCCCCCCAGCAUUUCCGGCAGGAGCUACGAGACAUGGACAUGAAGACCGGCGCGGCAGGGCGUAUCACGGCUACGAUCGGGGCCAUGAAACUUGAGCAGGACGGCUCCAGAGAGUACAAAGUGCGCAUCAAGUCGCACAUGCCGUUUGCCAAGUACUACCACCUGACGGAUGCUAGAGGGCGCCAUUUCAUUCUGCGCGUGGCCAACGUCUUGCCGCCGUGCUUCUUCUCAUUGGCCGACCUGUGCGACAACCGAUGGCAGGUCCCAGACAACCUGUUGCAGAUCGGUCCACCUGAAACGUGGGACGCGAUGCUUUCCCGUGAUGCGAACAACGUGAUUGGAAAGUCCUGUGAUGAAAAUGGCAACAAAACUCAAGGAUUCGAGGAGGCUGAUGUUUUUGGUUGGCGAAGUUGUGAGUCACAGCCGAGUGCUGUUGCUGGCGUAAAGGACGUCCAAUCAGAAGACAGCAGUGAACCUGAAUGGGACAAGGCGGAAGACUGCGACUUGCAGCUCUGUGACAAUGGCGACCUGCCCGACUGCUACUUCAAAGAGCCCGGGCCGGCCCACGUCCCAACCACGCUGGUCAAGGGAGCCGGGGGAAUCAACCCCUUUAUCUUCCCUGAACAGGAGUGGCUGGCUGUGGACAGCACAGACCACAAACCAGAUUUUCCAGAACCUGAUUCACUUAAGGAUGAGAAAUGUUCUGAAAAGAAUGUAGUAUCAAGCAGCCAUUUUAAAACCAGUAAAUCCGCCCCAGCCAGUCAGACCACGUCAGCAGAUUUGCACUGCGGCACGUCCGCCAAUCGGGAGACAUCAAGAGCUUGGAAAAGUCAGGGGACCAAUCAUCCGAACUGUGCAAUGUCCAGACAUUCUACCGCAGCCAAUCAGAACAGCUGUAAGCCAGCAGGGUCAAAUUCCUGGUCCAAUAAGAACGAUUCACCAGUACCACGUCACUCUGCCUCAGCCAAUCAGAGCAGCCUUUCCGGAAGGAAAGCAGCAAAAUUGUAUUCAACCAACCAGAGCAAUUGUACCUCUUGCCAAAAAAACUCAUUCACUUCAAGGUAUUCAACUUCCACCAAUGACAGACGGUCUGCAGUAAGGUCACGUGAUUCUAUUAUGUCCAAUCAGAGGGCCUCCAUGGAACCACGUGCUUGUCCUGCCACCAAUCACAGCUCACAAGAUGGAUCCCUCGGCUUAUCAUCAGCCUCCCCCUCAAAACUUUCUAGUGAUGAAUUUACUAGGUAUCACACACAGGGUGCAAUUCCAAGAGAAAAGAGGCAUGUUCCAUUGAACUCUCAGUCAAGGAAGAAAAACAGCCAAUCCUCUCCAGCCAAUCAGAUGGCUGCAAAGCAAAAAAUACAUCAGUCCACUGCAGCCAAUCACAGCUCGCCAAGUGAGAACCGUGGUCCAUCAUCAACCUCCUCCUCAGAGUCAUCUAAUGAUAAAGUGUUCUCCACCCGGCUUUCAAGAGACAAGACACACGUUCCACCACGAUUUCAAUCAAAAAAGAAAAAUGGCGGAAAGAAAACAAGGCGUGAAAGUUAAUCACAUUGUAAAUUAAUUGACAGAGGCUGGUGGAAGAACAGUCCAGCCAAAUAGACAAGCCAAACACAAAAUUACUUGUGUUGUACUUGGCAGAGUUUUGAUGAAGCCCAUAGAGCUAUAUUAAAUUACCCGGUACUAGAGUACUGACUUGAUGUACAAAGUGAUGCCUGCUGGGUGCAUCAAUGUUUGUGCACAAACCUAUGGAAAACUAGAAAUUUUGUAUGGCUUUUGUACGGCUAUAUCUGCGUUUGCAUUCUAUACAGGUGUGUUAUCAAAGCUAAUAUGCCCACAACCGAAACGCACAAUCAGUAAAUGACCGCUUAAUUUUGCUCUGCGCAAACAAUGCAAACGCGUGUGCGUAUCCGCUGCAGAUGAGAUUUGCCAUGACGUUUUUUAAACCGUGAUGGCCCGCUGAAGUUGUGUACGUAUGUUGUUCUUGCGCAUUGCAUUUAGAGUACACUUUAACAAUUAAAUCCAUCUAAUUUCAUUAUGUUCUACAGACACUCACAUGAAUUCAAAAUGUCUGCACACAGGAAGGCUUCAAAUUAUCUCCGCGGGUAAGAAUGAGGAGUCAGCGCUCUAGUAAUUUAAUAUAGCUCUAUGAUGAAGCCAGAAAUAAACACCAAACUGAUUAAUAUUUAAUUUUUUUAAACACACUUAAAUUUUUGGGAGAGACGUUUUGAUAUGUAAGUGAAGGAUUUGUAUUCAGUGUUUAGUGUAUUUGUAUUCAAAGUUGAAUGUUGUUAUUUUUUUGUAUGGAUUAUUAUUAAAGA